GGGACAGCAACGACAACGGAGAAAUCAUUAGAAACUACCAUAAACGAGCAUUUGAAUACAUAUCCGUGGCACUAAAGAUCGAUGAAGAUGACAAAGGUGUCAAGGAGGAGGCAGUACAGUGGUAUCAGAAAGGCAUUGCAGAGCUUCAAAGGGGGAUUGCUAUUGAAGUCACAGGACAAGGAGAACAUUGUGAUCGUUCGAAGAGGCUUCAAACUAAGAUGAUCAACAAUCUCACCAUGGCAAAGGACCGACUCGCUCUUCUAGAAGGUACAUCGGCGUCUAAAACGAGCCACAGCCCUCAGAGUCCACCAGGCCAUCUCCCUACCCCUCCAGUGAGGCCUACUGGUCCAAAGAACAAGCCAGGACCAGGACCAGGUCACAGUAAGCCAGCAAGCACUGGCUCAAGCAGGACCAACAAUAUCAAGGUUGUCCCUCGGGCUGCAGGGAGAGGACAGAAUGGUAGACCAGCAGCAUCGAAGGAACCACAGAAGAGGGAUAUGAAGAACUUCAAGAAUGUGGACAGCAAGUUGGCCAGCUUCAUACUGAAUGAAAUCGUAGACGGUGGGUCGUCAGUGAGCUUUGAAGACAUAGCGGGUCAGGAGCUGGCUAAACAAGCUCUUCAGGAGAUAGUUAUCCUGCCUGCACUCAGACCUGAGCUGUUCACUGGUCUCAGAUCCCCGGCACGAGGUCUGCUCCUCUUCGGUCCCCCAGGCAACGGAAAGACCAUGCUGGCCAAAGCAGUAGCCAUGGAGUCCCAUGCCACCUUCUUUAACAUCAGUGCUUCCAGUCUGACCUCUAAAUGGGUGGGAGAGGGAGAGAAGCUGGUCAGAGCUCUGUUUGCUGUGGCCAGAGAACUACAACCUGCCAUCAUCUUCAUUGAUGAGAUCGACAGCCUGCUCUGUGAGAGACGGGAAGGAGAACACGAUGCCAGUCGGCGUUUAAAGACAGAGUUUCUCAUACAGUUUGACGGGGUGCAGUCGGAAGGGGCAGAGAGGGUUCUGGUGAUGGGAGCUACAAACAGACCACAGGAGCUGGACGAAGCUGUGCUCAGGUACUGGACACAACACACACAGGAAGCUGUGCUCAGGUACUAGACACAACACACA